GUAGCUGCAGUAAUCAUAUCUUCUCUACCGGUGACGCUUUGUUCAUUUGUGUUGACCGCUAGAGUUGACCCACCUUGCUUUUUCACGUCCUUCCAGCUGAAAGAGAUUGCUUGUCUCUUGAAUUAUCAAAAAUAAUAUUAUGGGAGCAUUAAAACAAUGAAACAGAGCUCGCGCGGCCGAAGGCCGUGCCCGCAAGCAGCGCUUCGUCGCUGCGACGAGUAAGCAUGCCGCAGCGAGGCACAUAGCUAGAUGACGGUGAAAUACAGGCGUCUUCGUAUCGUCAAGCAUCGAAAGGGCCAAAUCCACGAUGAGGACGUGGCACGUUGGCGUUUGGAGGUGCCCGAGCAGGCGGCGGUAGCGCUAGCGCAGCAGGUUGGCUAUGGCCAGGCGGUGUUGCCCCCCACGGCCCACCCCCCGCUGCUGUCCCCCCAGCCCGCCCACAACGCGCUGGACUACGCCAACCUGCUGCCGCCCGACGUGCGCCACGCCGUGUUCCGACACUGCGAGAUGAUGGCCCGGCACCAGCGGCUGCUGCUGGAGGGGCAGGAGCGGCUCAAAUACGUGCAGGCCCAGAUCCGCGAGAUGAAGGCACGCCUGCCGCCGCCGCCGCCGCCCAGACCCGUGGCGGGCAUGAACCGGACCGCCAAGGGCCCCGACGUGCCUCCCCACCAGGUGCGCUCCCCCAGCUGCUGGGCCUCCUGCUGCGGCCUGGCGCCCCUGCCGCCGCCGCCCCUGCCGCCCACCGAGGCCGGAGGCCCCGGUGGCGGCCCUGGCGGCGGCGGCGGCCCGCUGGCGCCUGUGGCUUUGGAGCUGCCGCCGCCCGACUACUUCGCGCAGGCGGCACUGGCCACAGCGCUGGCGCAGUCGCGGCGGCAGACGCUGGAGGCGCAGGCCGAGCAAGAGGAUUACCAGCACGCGCUAUCCGCUGGCGGCGCCUCCUUGGCCUCCUCGGGCGGCGGCGUGCGGCCCUUCACCUCCUCGGGCGGCGGCGGCGCGGUGCUCACCACCGCAGCCAUGGGCCGCAGCGGGCGGCGGGAUGCCACUGGCCACGACCCGUCGGACAAUCUGGUGGCGGCGGGCGACCUGCCGGGGCAGAUGGACCGGCGGCGCGGCUCAUCCGCAGGCGGCGGCGGCGGCGGCUCGGGGGUGGCGGACGGGGUGGCGGGGGGGCCGCUGGGCGGCGGGCGUCCGGCCAUGGCGCCGCUGCAGGGCCGGGCGCCCGGUACGCCGCAGAGCCUGCUGCGGCCGUUGGCGUCGUACGGCGCGCCUGGUGCGGGUGCGGGUCCUGGUGCGGGGGGCGGGUCGGCGCCACGUAAGGUGCUGCUGCCGGCCAUGCGCGCCUCGCAGGCGGGUGCGGCGGCGGCGGCGGCGGCGGCGGCGGGAGGGCCCGGUGGCGGCGGCACCGCGGCAGCGGAUCCGGCGGCAUCUGCAGCCAGCAGCUACGACCUCAGUCGGUACCAGGAUCCCGAGUCGUUGCGUAAGAUCACGGCCAUUCAGGCGGCGCAGCGCGGGCGUGUGGCGCGGAAGCGGGUGGCGGGCAUGCGGGCGCCAACGGCGGCGGCCGCACCGCAGUCACGCGCCGCGCCGCCGCCUGCCUCGAGCUACGACCUGAGUCGGUAUCAGGACCCGGCAACCCUAAAGAAGAUCACGACCAUUCAGGCGGCACAAAGGGGCAGGGCGGCGAGGAAGCAGGUGGCUGGCAUGCGGUCGCAACAGCAGCCGCAGCAGCAGCCGGUGGCGGUGGCAGGGCCAGGGCCUAGCGCCCACCCCUUUGACCUGCCGCCCCUGUCGCAGUCGCGGGCCAUGGCCCCCCUGCCGCCCGGGCUGCCCGGCCGGGCCAAACUGGCGGCGCCACCUGUUGACGUCACGCCGCAGCCGCUCAAGGAGGAGCAGGCGGCGGCGGCGCGGCUGGCGGCGGCGCAGGCGGCGGCGGCGGAUGACGAGAUGGCGUUGCUAGAGGCGUCCCUGGCGGCGGGAGUGGUGGAGGUGGCGGCGCCGGGCCCAGGGCGCGGGCCGUCACUUGCAACGGCGGCGGCGGGGGCUCCGAGGCAGCAGGCGCCUCGGGACCACGACCUCAGUCGGUACCAGGACCCCGAGUCGUUGCGUAAGAUCACGGCUAUUCAGGCGGCUCAGCGCGGGCGUGUCGUGCGGAAGCAGGUGGCGGAGAUGCGGUCCGCGGCCCCGCCGCCGCCGCCGCCGCCAGCAGCAGCGCCGCAGUCACGCGCCGCACCGCCGCCUGCCUCGAGCUACGACCUGAGUCGGUAUCAGGACCCGGCAACCCUAAAGAAGAUCACGACCAUUCAGGCGGCACAACGGGGCAGGGUGGCGAGGAAGCAGGUGGCUGGCAUGAAGGGUGCGAAGUAAUGGUGAUGUACGGGUGUGUGCGGGUAGGCACAACCCUGAGAGGACUGCUGGGGCGGGUGGACCCUGGUGCGCCAGGGCUGCCGGCGUGUGUGUAUGGCACGGCGUUGUGUGUGUGUGUGUGUGUGUGUGUGUGUGUGUGUGUGUGUGUGUGUGUUUAUGCCGGGUCGCGUAACUGGCGGUGGCGUUGCAGUACGGCAGGGCAGUGGGGCAGUUGGGCUGUUGGGCGGCUGUCACGACCACGCUGUGUGCUGCCACGUGCGCGACAUGUCUCUAGCUGCUGGACGGGGGACUUGGACAACACGCAGCACAUACCCAGCACACGGCUCGCUUGGAUGACUAUACUUGUAAAUGUGGGAGGAC